GGGAGGACUUCCGCUCAGUACAAGCACAGUAGUUUAGUGUCUCACGGGGAAAUGAAUUUUCAUCGUUAGCUACGGUGUGCAUGAUAACGUCUGACUUGGCAGUGAGGAAAUAGAGUUCGUUUGUAACGUUACACAAACAUUACAAAUCCUACAAAAUGAUGCGUUUCAUGCUGCUGUUCAGCCGGCAGGGAAAACUGCGGCUGCAGAAGUGGUACACAGCCACAGCUGAGCGUGACAAGAAGAAGAUGGUCAGGGAACUGAUGCAGAUAGUGCUGGCCCGCAAACCGAAGAUGUGCAGUUUUCUAGAAUGGAGGGACCUCAAGAUCGUCUAUAAAAGGUAUGCCAGCCUGUAUUUCUGUUGUGCCAUUGAAGAGCAGGACAAUGAGCUGAUCACACUUGAAGUCAUACACCGCUUUGUAGAACUGCUGGAUAAAUACUUUGGCAGUGUGUGUGAGCUGGACAUCAUCUUUAAUUUUGAGAAGGCCUACUUCAUUUUAGAUGAGUUCCUGAUGGGAGGAGAGAUUCAGGACACAUCUAAGAAGAGCGUCCUUAAAGCCAUUGAACAAGCUGACCUACUACAGGAGGAGGACGAAUCACCUAGGAGUGUAUUGGAGGAGAUGGGCUUGGCAUAGUCCACAGCAGCGUUGUGAGACACUAUAGCAGGCAGGGGGUGGGACAGUGUGGGGAAGAACAUUCAUGGACUGACAGUACUGGUUCUAUGUAUAUGUGAAUGGUUGACUGAUGUAUAGUGUUUAACUGGAAAGGAGACUCAGUUAGUGGAAGAACCUUGCAUUGCCAGACCCUUUAGCUGUCUGUCUGUCUGUCUGUCUGUCUGUGUGUCUGUCUGUGUGUGUGUCUGUGUGUGUGUCUGUGUGUGUGUGUGUGUGUGUGUGUCUGUGUGUCUGUGUGUGUCUGUGUGUGUGUGUGUGUGUGUGUGUGUGUGUGUGCAUCUGAAUCUGACCUGAGUGCAAGGUAAAGGAAAUGGGUUGCAUUUAAACUUGUGUAUGGCUGCCAUAGUUGUGUGUUCAUAUUUUUUAAGGGGUGAUAUGGAGUCCAGCUAAGAAAAUAAACCACAGUGGCGAACACUUACAUGUGAAUCACAAUGAGGCAAUUUUGCCAUUUGAGUGAGGCUGUGAGAGAAAAAGCUGGUUUCUGUCAUGAAGCUUUAUCAGGUACUGAAUGUGGUUCAAAACUAGGUCUCACUUGGGUAGUAAGACUAAAAUAAAUAUCUGUUGCCACUACAAGUGCUACUAGUUCAUUUUGAAGCGUUAAAGAUGGUCGGUUGGGAAAUUACUUCAACAUUUAAUGUCACUUUCCAUUGUUAUUUAGAUCAUAUAAUGGCUCUAGUGGCUGGUGUUGCUGCCUUGUACAUUAUAUUUAAACUCCAUGUUAAGGAAUGUUGUCUCUACAUCAAACAGAGAAGAUAUACCAAAAAACAAACAAAUAAGAAAUUAGAAAUUGUCUUAAUUUUUGGUUCCACUCUCAAAUUGAUCUUGUAUUAAUCAAGUGCUGCUUUCAAAAUAUAUUUGAGUAUGUAAUUUAUUUUAGAUGUGUUUAUUUUGAGAUUGCACUGUUUGAAUUUACUCCUUUGUUAUUGGCCCAUCUUUUCUUACACAAAGGUGAUAAACACCAUAGUGAAGAAUAAACCAAAGACAUUUUAGAUUUGCAUCAGAACUAUAAAGAUAUUGUUUACAUAUGAGCCAUUCAUAUGUACUGUAAUUGGACUAAGUGUAUGUUCCUGGUGAGAUGGAAAUGUCAUAUGCAGUUUAAACAAAGUGAAACUUAGAAUGAGAGAAAAUGAACUGGAGCACAGGUAAUUGUUGGAAUUGGAAGAUGACAUUCUGUGUGCACUACCAGCUGGUACAUGUUUGGGCUGGAGAGAAAUUACAAGGCAGAUAGAAUAAACUAGCUUAAGUAUAUUUUAUUGUUCUAUACUUUUUUUUUUU